CAGAUGAAACACCAAGAAAAAACACCAGAAGAAAAUAUAACUAAAUUGAUGGAAUUUGUUCUCUUGGACUUUGCUGAUGUUCCUCAUCUCCAGUGGUUUCUAUUUGGAUUAUUCUUAAUCAUCUAUAUCAUUAUCUUGAUGGGAAACAGCACCAUAUUUCUCAUUACAAAACUGGACCCUGCUCUCCAGACCCCCAUGUAUUUUUUCCUUGGCAAUUUUUCCUUUUUGGAAAUCUGCUAUGUAUCAGUUACACUCCCUAGAAUGCUCACGAAUCUUUGGACCCAACGAAGAACAAUAUCUUUAGUUGCUUGUGCUACACAAAUGUGCUGGGUUCUUAUGCUGGGAGCCACCGAGUGUUUCCUUCUGGCCGUGAUGGCCUACGACCGCUACGUGGCCAUUUGUAACCCUCUGCACUACCCUCUAGUGAUGAGCCACAAGGUCUGCGUCCAGCUGGUGGCGGGCUCCUGGGUCAGUGGAGUGCCAGUCCAAAUAGGGCAGACCGUCCAGAUUUUCUCUCUGCCUUUCUGUGGUUCUAACCUCAUCAACCACUUUUUCUGUGACAUCCCCCCAAUACUCAAGUUGGCCUGCGGGAACACCUUUGUAAAUGAAAUGAUGGUCUACAUAGUUGCAGUGUUGUUUGUCAUGGUUCCAUUUCUGUUCAUACUACUCUCCUAUGGCAAAGUCAUCUCCACAAUUUUUAAACUGCCAUCAGCCACGAGUCGGGGCAAAGCCUUCUCCACGUGCUCAUCUCAUCUUAUAGUGGUGGCACUAUUCUUUGGAUCAGGUAUCAUCACAUAUUUAAGACCCAUGACCCAAGACUCCGCAGGAACUGACAAAGUGCUGUCUCUUUUCUACACUAUCGUGACUCCCUUAUUUAACCCCAUGAUAUACAGUCUAAGGAACAAGGAUGUCAUAAUGGCACUGAGAAAACUGCUAGCAAAGUGCAGUACAGCCCAGCCUCGAAUGGAACGUGACAUUAAUGGGCUAAGAGGGAAUGAUGGGUAA